AUGCUGCCUUUAUUUCCAUCAAACUUGGAUCCAACGAUCAUUGGAUCUAUUAUGAAUGGAUCGACGUCAUCAAAUAACACAAAUGAAGAGAAUGAAAUAAGUGAAUUAGAGCAAGAGCAUACAAAAUUCUUCCAAGAGCUUGAACGUAUAGCAUCAGAUAUCCCACCUUUAGGUAAACUUAAUUCAGAAAACAAUGAAGGAGAGGAAUCAGAUGGAAGUAAUUCAGAUAACGAGGAAAGUGAUUCAGAAGAUGACGAGUCAAAUGUCAGCAAUGAAGCCGAAGUGACUGUGAACUACUGA